CCCAGAGAUCGGUGCUCCUCCGUUCAGUCUGCGCCUCGGUGGAAGGACCCUGCCAGCACCCCUGUUUCAAAUCCUGAUUUUUCUGAGUUCCCCCACCCCACCCCUCUGAUUCUGGGGGGAAACCUGGAGCGGUUUGGGAAGCACCAUGGUGUGGUGCCGGUGCUUCAUGUCUGAGGAGGAAAAAAAUGCCAUGAUGAUCGAUAAAGAAAUCAGCCGGCUACUUCAAGAACAAAAGAAACGGGACCGGUGGGAGUUAAAGCUGCUGUUGUUGGGCACUGGGGAAGGUGGAAAAAGCACCUUCAUCAAACAGAUGAGGAUUAUCCACGGAGUGGGAUUCACGGAAGACGAGCGGAAGGACUUUGCGAAAGUGGUGUAUCAAAACAUCUUCACCUCUAUCCAGGCAAUCAUCAGAGCUAUGGAGAGCCUGCAGAUUCCUUACGGCCAGGAGGAGAAUGCACAAAACGCCCGGCAGCUCCUGAGCGUAGAUGCCUAUAAAGUGGUCUCCCUGGACCCCCACCACGCCAGGAUCAUUGGUGGCCUCUGGAAGGAUGCCGGCAUCAGGACCUGUUAUAAGAGGAGAAGCAAAUUCCACCUGCUCGAUUCGACGUCCUACUUCCUUUCGAAUCUGGACCGCAUUGCUUCUGAGGGGUAUGUGCCAAGUGCCCAGGAUAUCUUGAGAACCCGUGUGCCCACGACGGGCAUUAACGAGUACUGCUUCUCGAUGCAAAAGGUGACGUUAAGGAUCGUUGAUGUUGGCGGGCAGAAAACCGAACGCCGGAAGUGGAUCCACUGUUUCGAAAACGUGAUUGCCUUAAUCUAUUUGGCCUCUCUGAGCGAGUAUGACCAGUCACUGGAGGAGAAUAAUAGCGAAAACCGAAUGAGGGAGAGUUUAGAUCUCUUCAGGACAAUUCUGGAGCUGCCUUGGUUCUGGAACACCUCCAUUAUUCUCUUCCUGAACAAAGUGGAUAUCCUGGAGGAGAAAAUCCUCACCUCGGAUCUGGCUGCCUAUUUCCCCACUUUCCCAGGUCCCAAGCAAGACGUUCACGCGGCCAAAGGCUUCAUCCUGGAGAUGUACAGCGACAUCUUCCAUCAAUUUCUCGAUGGCUCUCUUUGUGGCAGUUCCCCUUCUGCCUUCAGACCCCGGUUCCUUUACCACCAUUACACCUGCGCCACUGACACGCAGAACAUCUGCGCGGUUUUCACCGAUAUCAAGGACGCCGUUUUGGCAAGCUACCUGGAGGAGUUCAGCUUGGUUUGAAGAAGCCGGCUCCAGGUGCAUCACGGAAUUGCUGGGCGUGCAAUCCAGAUGUUGCGUCGGUCAUGAGACAACCGGGCUUUCGAGAAGCUGAAUUCACAAGGGAGCAUUCUUGUUGUGGGGUGCCAGGGUGGGAAAAGUUACUUUGUCAUAUCCUUGACUCUGUCUUCCCGUGAGAAUCUUGGAUGGAAUCUGGUUUCUCACCGCUGGGAAGGAUUUUUUAUUUUGAAAUAACAUUGCAGCUGCACCACUGGACAGAAGAUGUACAAC